AUGAUAUUCUCUGUUCCUGUUUUCAUUUCACUUUAUCUUUCGCUUACCCAAGCUCAUGUCCUUCCUGAGCAAGUAAUCUUGAAGUGCGAGACUUCGGACUCACAGCUUUACUCCCAAGAAAGCAGGGACCCUAUGAGUAUCUCACGUACCGGUAAUGAUGUUUCCCAAGUUUCCUUCUUAGAUCGUUACUUUGGUCAAUCAUUCCUUGAUAUGGGAUCUAUGACAGUUGCAACCAAAGCUACAAACAAGAAGGCACCACUUCCAUUAUCAAAUAGCCUUCAUUCACUCAUGAUGAAUGAUGAUUAUGAAUAUCCAGAUAAGGAUGAUCUCCGUGAUAUCAACGGUACUUCAACCCUUUAUCGUGGAGGUGAGUUUGGUGGUAUCAACACAUUCGCUCACGUUCCUUACGCAAAUUGCUAUGACCCUGAGUUAUUUGACAAGGAAACUUUCGAUAUUGCCAUAGUUGGUGCUCCAUUCGACUCUGGUGUGUCCUAUAGACCAGGUGCAAGGUUUGGGCCAUCUGGUAUUAGAAUGGGAUCUCGUAGGUUGGCACCUGCUUAUUCUGUUUACAGAAAGGGAUUUGAUCCCUAUUCUAACUGGGCAAAGAUUGUUGACUGUGGAGACCCGCCAGUUACACCUUUGGAUAAUAGAAUUGCUCUUGAUCAAAUCUAUCGUGCCAAUCGUGCCAUUGGACAGCAUAGGACAACUAAGUCCAAUAAAAGUAAGGCUCCAAAAAUUUUUACUUUAGGUGGAGACCACACCAUUACAUUGCCAGCAAUCAAGGCAGCCUUUGAAAAUUUUGGUCCAAUCACUGUUAUUCAUUUUGAUUCUCAUUUAGAUACUUGGAAUCCGUACUAUUUUGGAGGAAAUGUCACUGACUACCAAUCAGUAAACCAUGGAACUUACUUGCACUGGGCCCAUGAAAAGGGUUUGUUAACCAAUAGUUCUAUUCAUGCUGCAAUUAGAGGACCAUAUCCAGGGCCAAGAGAUGUAAAGCACGACAUUGAUUGUGGAUUUGACAGAAUAUUGGCCAGGGAUAUCGACACCAUUGGAACCAAGGGGGUAAUCGAAAGGAUUAGAAAGAGAGUAGGAGAAAACUCAGCAGUCUAUAUCACUGUCGAUGUUGACUCCAUGGAUCCAGCAAACACACCAGCUUCAGGUACUGUCGAGCCAGGUGGAUGGACUUCCAGGGAACUUUUGACCAUUUUAGACGGAUUGGAAGGAUUGAACAUUGUUGGUGGAGAUGUGGUCGAGGUAUCACCUCCAUUUGAUACAGUGGCUGAAUUAACUUCAAUUACUGCCGCUCAAGUUGCAGACUCUAUCAUUUCAUUAAUGAUCUUGAAAGAUGAGGAUGCUCAUAAGGAACCAGAAGAUGAAGAUGACAACUAA